UUUGUUAUGUAUGUAAAUUUGCUGUCAUGAGUUCAUCGACUUUUCAGUCUGGAUGAGAGAGUCCUCGCAGCAGUAAUUGCUGCCAUUCUUAAUCCGGCCUUUGAAGGUUUCGAAUUCGGCGACGUUUUAUCUUAUUGCUUCGAAGAAUCUGAAGAGGGAUUUGGAAGGGUUAUCGAGCUCCAUUUGGCAUUUUUUUGAGCAUUCUGGUCAUCUAAGAAGCGAGAGAAUCGUUGGACACGGGAGAAAAAAAUUGUCAAAUCAUCCCCCAUUGGCAAAAGUAAUGACAAUAAAGUUUUAUCCUCGAUUUUAAACUUUGAAAGCAAGAAGAGGUAAUCAGUAAAAAAAACUUAUCCUAUGGAGUGUCAGAGAAGCAUGGAGAUCAAUGAAAUGCUUGUAAGUGAGUCUUCAACUACAUUUGGGAGGCAAAGCACAGCCAAGGAUGAGGAGCUUUUGAAUAAAUCUUCACCAUCAAAAAGAAAUGCGGUUCUUCAUGUAGAAGGUUAUCCGGUUGAGGGCUUGUCAAUUGGAGGCCAAGAGACGUGUGUCAUUUUCCCCUCACUAAGAAUAGCAUUUGAUAUUGGUAGAUGUCCUCAAAGGUCUAUCUCUCAGGACUAUCUCUUCAUAUCUCAUGGCCACUUGGACCACAUUGGAGGCCUUCCCAUGUAUGUUGCCACUCGAGGCCUUUAUCGUAUGAAGCCACCAACUAUUUUUGUUCCAGCUUCUAUCAAGGAAACUAUUGAAGGGUUAUUUGAUUUGCACAGGGCAAUGGAUCAAUCUGAAUUGAAGCAUAAUCUUAUAGGCAUGAAUGUGGGAGAUGAGUAUCAGCUAAGGAGGGAUCUUAAAGUGAAAGCAUUUAGGACUUACCAUGUGAUACCUAGCCAGGGUUAUAUUAUUUAUUCUAUUAAACAGAAACUUAAGCCGGAAUAUAUUACUCUUUCAGGACAUGAAAUCAAGCACUUGCGGUUAUCUGGUGUUGAGAUCACUUACACAGUGACUUCACCUGAGAUUGCCUUUACGGGUGAUACAAUGUCCGAUUUUGUUGUUGACCCAGAUAAUGCUGAGGUCCUAAAAGCUCGAAUUCUUGUCAUGGAGAGUACUUUUGUUGACAAUGCAAUGUCAAUAGAGCAUGCUAGAGAGUAUGGCCACACACACUUAUCCGAGAUAGCAAGUUAUGCAGAUAAGUACCAGAACAAAGCUUUAGUGUUAAUCCAUUUUUCCGCUCGAUAUACUUCAGAGGAGAUUGAGGCUGCAAUUGCAAAAUUACCUGCAACUUUAGCUAGCCGAACUUAUGCACUGCUGGAGGGUUUCUAGCUUCUUUUGGAACAUCAGAUGUGUGCUGGGACAUACUGCUGUCCCCAUCGUCGCUUGUUCAACUAUCUGCUUCUCAGCCUACUCUUAUUGCCACCGAAUUUUGUUAUGUUAGUUGGACAAUAUGAGAGAAGUCUAUGAUGGUAAAAUCAUCUUAUAUCUUACUUUGAUAUUAUGUUACUUUUAUUUCAUAUUUUAUAUUAGUUUAACGACUUAAUUAUUUGAUGUUUACAUUAUAUUUUUAUUUUGUGCAAGUUGGUGUAUGAUAUUUUGUGGCUUAUACAAUUUGUUAUUUCAUAUAGAUGUAAUUUGUCACUC